CACACACACACCCAACUGCGAAGGAACGAGAGACAAACCCAAUAAUGUCGAAGAAGAAAGUUAGCGGCAACACCAUGACUCUCAAGGACUUCCAUGGCGGUUCUAUUCCCUCUGAUCUUCCUCUCCCUUCCGCCCCCUCCCUAAACAUGAGACCUUCAGAUCGUUCAGGGUAUGAGCGAACUUCAUCUUGGGGAAACCGUUCUCGACCGCACACGCUACCACCCACGAAGCCUUUCGAUGAAAAGACCCCAUUUUUCACUCAUUCUGCUCAUAGUAUUGGUAGGAAUUUCGAUGAGGAUGAGCGCAAGCCCUUGGAUGCUGUCUCAGCUCCACGAAGAACCGUCACUGCACACAACAGUUCAACAACGACCACAACAAGUGCUUGGUCUUCUCCUAAUGCUGUUUCCAAGUUGGUUCAUGCCAGUGCCCUUGACAAGGUCAUGAGUUCUGCUGCCACGUGGCAAUCCAAUGGCCCUCGUGUUCAUGUGAAUGGUGAUGAUGGUGAGAAGGAGCAUUAUAGUGAUGCAGUGCUGGCAAGGCAUGCUGAUAGGGUUUUAUCCAUUGAUGAUGAUCAGGUGAGUGGUGGUGGAAGGAAUGAGUUUGUGGGUUCCAAAUACUCUGAUGUAAGGCCAAGAAGUGUGGCUUCAGUUCAUCAUGAUGCCGAUGGGGUUCAGGUGCCGCGAAGCUUUACCAAACUCGGUGCCUCUGAGUUGCAGCACCCUAUGCCUUCUGAAGUAUCUGAGCGACCUAAGUUGAAGUUGUUGCCGAGAGCAAAGGCAUCUGAGAGCUCGGAACCUUCUUAUCCGGAUCAUGGGCAGGUGCAUGGCCAAGGCAAUUCCACGAAACCUGUCUUUGAUGGAACUGGGAAUGGUAAGGAGGCAGGACAACGCCCGAAGCUGAAUCUGAAGCCUCGCUCACAGCUCCUUGAGCAUCACCUGGAAGGAAACACUGAAAGAGAGAGGAAUGCUUUAUUUGGUGGUGCCCGUCCAAGAGAACUGGUUCUGAAGGAGCGAGGGGUUGAUGACGUUGUGAUCAACAAUUUGGAUGUGGGGGUUGAGCAUUCAAAUAGGACUGAACAUCCUACUCCAAGGACCAAGAAACUUCCUGAUCGCUAUGCGGAAAAAAAUGAGGGUGCUCCAGCUCCUUAUGAUCGAUGGACUGGCAAAAAACCUGAGAGGAAAGAACAAAGGGUAGAGGCUGAGAGAGUUAAUUCACAGGCGCAGAGGAGGAAUUGGCGCAGUGAUAACCGGCGAAAUGUGCAAGAGGUAGACAAGCAGCAGGUUGCGGAGAGACCACCUUCACCAAAGACAUGGCGUAAGCCAGCAGAGGAGCCAAAAUCAUCUGCGGAAACUGGCAGUAUGAGCCACGGUAAAGCAGCUUCGGCGGUUGAUCUUGCACAAGCAUUCUCAAGAUCAGUAUCAGAUCCAAGAGUAAAUGAUAGGUUCUCUGGCCAAAGGGGUUCAAACAAUGGCCGGACACAAGUUCCCUUUUCACGGCUUGUUGGUCCUACUCCUACCCCGAGACCUCAGAUCAAUGGUUAUUAAGUGCCUUGGUUGUUUGGUGGAAAUUUGGAAGACACAAGCAUUGUUUUCUCCUCAUUCACAAACAUGAGGGAAAGAAUGGAACCGCUUGCUUCAAACUUGCAAUGGCACUAGUUAGUAGUUACAGUAACCUUUGUUUUACUUUCAUUUUCUAUCAUUUGCUUCCCAAGAAACUAUCGUCUCUCCUUUGCCUAUAAGAAAUUGAGGAGGAGGAAGAGUAAGUAAGCAAUGAAACCAUGAUUAUAUCAGGAAAAUUGUUGGUUUGAGUUUCACCAGCUUGCUCUUUUCUUGGGAUUUGGGUGAUGAUAUGGAUGUCAUGAUUAGGGACUUAAAAUUUCAAACAAAAUUUCUCAUUGCUAGUUUUUCUGCAGUUGAGUACUAAUUAAGUAAUAUAUAUUCCUAUGAUCAACCUUAUUUUAUGGC